AUGACCCUCACCCAUCUCAGCCGCCCAUCGAUACUAUGCCAGUGCUCACGCUGCUCCAGCUCCGUAGCAGCAUGCGAAAACGAGUGGGCGAGAUUAUCCGACACAUACUCUACGGUGACGGGAUGGCUAAGCAUCGAUAUGAACCGGAUCAAUGUCUCUUCUGAGAAGAAGCAGAUUCCUCAGUCAUCUGAGCUGGAGUUUGUUCGGGGUCGCGUAGUUCAGGAUAUUGUGUGCAGGUUAUGUCACCAGAAACUCGGUGGCCUUGUUCAUCUUGAGGCAGAAGCGAAAGUAUUCUGGAAACUGUCCAAAAUGUCCUUUAGGGAAAUAAUAUCUAUGCGAGAAUCACACCCAUUAUUUGUCGAGGGCUCUAUGUCCUGGCUUUUAGCACCUAUCGAACAAACCAUCGUCCCGAACGAGUCCGCAAGCAAUACCUCCCUUUCCGCGAGUCGUUCGGAAGCAGUAUUGAGCCAGACCUUAUACAACCAAGGCGCUAGUCUCAACAGAAUAUCCAAUACAGUCGAGGAACUACACGAUACCAUGUCUGAUCUCAAACAAUCAUUUAGGGCACUACGAUUGGAGCUGAAUACUACACCUUCGGCCCGCAAUCCGGAAUAUCACGGUGACGAGGCUAUGGAAAUGCUCAGGACAGUGUUGAAGGAACUACAGCACAAGGCCGAUGAGAUAGAGAAGCUGAAACUGGAGAAUGAAUCGUUGAAGUUAAAGGCGAGGUAUAUGCAGGGCCGGUCGAUGGGUGGUGCUCCAAUGACACCUCGCGUUCUUGAAGAUGCUGCUAUGCCGGAAGUGCAAAGCCCGGGUUUUCUCAACGAGAGUGGGAAGAGAGGGUUCAUAAGUGGUAACACUCAACUACAGAUCACGCAUUCAUUCAACGAAGAAUUUGAGAGCACCAACAUGGAGCACACGGCAAGCCGUGAGGUCAUUCACUAUGAACCUGCUUCAAUAAAAGUACCACUUAAACCAGCCGCAGAUAUUGUGCCUGGUCCACAACGGCUCACAGAACUAGAGCAAGGUCCGGGACUUGCAGCUGGGUCUCGACGUCGAAGAGAAUCCGGUGAGCCAGUCGCCAAGAGACCAAGGCUCGCAUUGGAAGAAGACCAAGAAAGCUCCGAGAGCAACAUCGACAUUGAAUCGAAUCCACCGCCUAGGAAAAGAGGCAGACCUGCCGGGCGAAAGUCUCUGCAAUCGACUUCACGGACCAAUCCCCAAACACCAUCAACAGUGUCAAAUCCUGGAGCAACGUCCGAUCCGAAAACGAACAUUUCUGCAGGCGCAGAACAACCAAUGACAGAAGUGAGAAUGGCAGACGACGGUCCAGAGAAUACACAACGUCGCCGAAGAUCGCGAAGAGGUCGAUCGAGAACAAUGACAUCACAACCCACCUCACAGCCAGCUUCACGACCGCCAUCGGUAUCUCCAAGAGUUACCCGCGGCGGCACAAAACUAAAUGACGAAGGUACCGCCCCCACCACGAAAUCUGCCGAAAAACCGAGUCUCGAGAAUGAACUACCCAAUCGAGUAGGGCGGUUCGAAAUUGCAGUUAAUGUAGCGGAAUUAACGCCAGAGAGUGUCGUGAAUGAAGAUGAGCUCUUCGCCCGUUUACCAGGCCAAGAGAAUGAGACGAGCAAGGAUAAGACUAGUGAUGAGAAUGAGCAACGGCAAGCCAAAGUAGCUGCUAGAGAGAUGAUCGUCAAAGCUGCCAUGGAGCGGGAGGAGGCUAUGGCUGAUGGUUAG